AUGGUGGUGGUCGUGCGGUUGGUUGUGCUGGUGGUUGUGCUAAUGCUUGUGCCGGUGGUCGUGCGGGUGGUUGUGCGGAUGAUGGUGCUGGCGGUUGUGCUGGCAGUCGUGCUGGUGGUUGCGAGGGUGGCUGUGCGGGUGGUCGUGCUGGUGGCUGUGCGGGUGGUUGUUCUGGUGGUGGUGCAGGUGGUUGUGCGGGUGGUUGUGCUAGCGGUUAUUGUGCAGAUGGUUGUGCGGUUGGCUGUGCGGGUGGUCGUGCUUGUGGUCGUGCACGUGAUUGUUCUGGUGGUUGUCCUGGCGGUUGUGCUGGUGGUUGUGCUGGUGGUUGCGCGAAAGGUCGUGCUGGUGGUUCACCGGGUGAUUGUGCUGGAGGUGGUGUUGGUGAUUGCGAGGAUGGUUGUGCUGGAAGCUGUGCUGGUGGUUACGCGGAUGAUUGUGCUGGUGGCUGCGCUGGUGGUGGUCGUAAUGGUGGUUCUGCGGGUGGUUGUGCUGGUGGUUCUGCUGGUGAUUAUGCUGGUUGUUGUGCUGGUGGUUGUGCUGGUGGUUGUGCUGGUGGUUGAUGUGCUGGUUGUUGUGCUGGUGGAUGUGCUUGUGGUUGCGCUGGUGGUUGUGCGGGUGGUUGUGCUGGUGGUUGGGCUGGCGGUUGUGCUGGUGGUGUUCGUGCUGGUGGUUGUGCUGGUGGUUGUGCGAUUGGUUGUGCGGGUUGCUGUGCUGUUGGUUAUGCUGGUGGUUGAGCGGGUGGUUGUGCUGGUGGUGGUUGUUCGGAUGGCUGUGCCCUUGGUUGGCUGGUGGAUUUGCUGGUGGUUGAGUGGUGGAUUUGUUGGUGGUUGUACGCGGGUGGUCGUGCUGGUGGACGUCAUGGUGCUGGUUAUGCGGGUGGUUGUGCGGGUGGUUGUGCUGGUGGUUGUGCUGGUGGUUGUGCUGUGCUGGGGCGUUGUGCUGGUGGUUGUGCAGGAGGUUGUGGUGGUGGUUUUGCUGGUGGUUGUGCUGGUGGUUGUGCUCGAUGUUUUGCUGCUGGUGGUUGUACUGGUGGUUGUGGCUGUGGUUGUGCCGGCUGUUUGGCGGGUGGUUGUGCGGGUGGUUGUGUUGGUGGUAGUGCUGAUGGUUGUUGUGCUGGAGAUUGCCCUGGUGUAA